GAAAGCGGCAGCAGUUUGAUCAUAGGAGGUUUUAUGAGAAAGAGCCUUGAUAAAGACUGGCAGCCAUGCUGACCAGCUUUAUUGAAGGCCUCCUCUGCUGUCUCACCUCCAAACCGGCCAACACUGUGGUUCCCGUUGAAACCUCUGAGCCUGCAGAUGGGUACGAGUUUGUGGAGGUGAAGCCAGGCCGCGUCCUGCGGGUUCGACACAUCAUCCCUGACAGACCGGCGGUGGAGGAGCCCUCGCUGGGUGGGAUCGUGAGCUGCAAAAGAAAGAUCACAGUCUACCGCAACGGACAGCUGUUCAUUGAGAACUUGGGUGAGAGGGCGAGCGCGGAGCUGAAAACCUGCCAGAAUGGAGAGACUGAACCCAACAGCAUGGUGGAGGUUGAACUGACAGACUGUCGCAACUCUUCACCUCCCGUCAGCAUCCCCGAGGCUCGGUCAGACUCUGUCACAGCUGGAAACAACGGGGCAUCAGAAACCGGGUCAGCAGGAGAGGUCCCUGCUGCCGGACAGGCCGAGCAGCCCCAGCAACCCCGCAAGCGAAGGAGGAAGCCGAAGCGCAUCGUGGUGAUUGACUGUGAAAGGAGGAUAGCAGCCUGUAAAGGAACACAUUCAGAUGUCGCCCUGUUCUUUAUCCACGGGGUCGGAGGGUCACUGGAUAUCUGGGGGAGUCAGCUGGACUUCUUUUCCCGACUCGGGUACGAGGUGAUCGCCCCGGAUCUGGCAGGCCAUGGAGCGAGCUCAUCUCCACACAUAGCUGCAGCGUACACCUUCUAUGCCCUGGCGGAGGAUAUGAGACUAAUCUUUAAGAGAUAUGCAAAGAAGAGGAACAUCCUCAUAGGACAUUCAUACGGCGUGUCUUUCUGUACCUUCCUCGCUCAUGAGUUUCCAGACCAGAUUCACAAAAUGGUGAUGAUCAAUGGUGGUGGUCCCACAGCGCUGGAGCCCAGCCUGUGCAGCAUCUUCAACCUGCCCACCUGUGUGCUUCACUGCCUGUCCCCACUGCUAGCCUGGAGCUUUCUAAAGGCGGGCUUCGCUCGGCAGGGAUCCAGGGAGAAGCAGUUGCUGAAAGAGUACAAUGCCUUCAAUGUGUCGUCAUUUGUGUUGCGUGCCAUGAUGAGCGGUCAGUACUGGCCUGAGGGGGACGAGGUUUAUCACGCUGAGCUCACGGUGCCCAUCCUGCUGGUUCACGGCAUGCAUGACAAGUUCGUCCCAGUAGAAGAGGACCAGCGCAUGGCUGAGAUUCUUCUAAUGGCGUUCCUGAAGGUCUUGGAGGACGGCAGUCACAUGGUGAUGCUGGAGUGUCCUGAAGCUGUCAACACACUUCUGCAUGAGUUCUUCCUCUGGGAACCAGUCUCACUUUCACAGCCAAAGAAAGAGCCCAAAGCCCGUCCAGAGACCGCCAAACCUCAAACUGACAACAUUUCUGAGCCCGUCACGGUCCGGCCUGCAACCGCCAGGCAAACCUAAUCAAACUGAACAGAAACAGAUGAACUGAUGGAGGUUAAAACUGAAGCAGGGGUAAAUGUAAAACGUGGCUCAUCCACUUCCUGCAGAACAGAGCAGGUUUGAAUGGGACAGAGGGACAAAGUGGACGAUUCAUCUGAGCUCCUCGGGAUUACAGUUGGAUUUGAGGAGGUGGGACACUCCUGUUCUGGUUUGGUUUCAGUUGCAGUUUGAAGAGAGCAAAUUAAGUCAAAGAUUGUUCCAAUGUCAGCUCAAACAUUGAACAGAGGAUCAUGUGGUUGUGCCUUUGAAAAACUUGAAAACAGUGGUGAAAAUCAACCGAGAUAAACAAUGAAAUGAAACUGGCAGGAGAGCAAAUCAGAUUCCGUCCGUCCAUUCAUUGUUUUGUCUGAGAUCAGGUCACAGGGCUAACCCUCUCACCAGCAGCACUUUCCAUCUCAUUGGGAGUCCCAAAGUGUUUCCGUGCAAACUUGUGGUCUCCUCCCAGUUAGACGAGUCAAACAAAGAGAGGCAGGUUGGUCAGAUGCCCAAAUAACCUCAGCUGACUCCUUCCAACGCAGAGGGAAGAGAAGCACCUUGGUUCUGAUUCCCUCCGGAUGAUGGAGGACCCAUCUAAUCUCUAAGCUGAGUACAGGCACCCUGCAGAGGAAGAUGAGCUCAAUCAUUGAAGAAUGUCUCAAUCUAUUUCUCAAUAGACUUGGCAAGUGAGAGCGUUGCUUUUUGGAUCACCUUUCAUCUCCACAAGAAGAGCAGAACACAGAUGAGGCCCCACUUCAUCUAUUAAUUUCCCUCCCCAUCCUGCAAUCCUUGGUGAACAUGACACCAAGAAACUUGAACUCUGCUGGAGGCAGAUCAAAUCCUGAACAGGAUUUUGCCAGAUAAGAGUCAAAGUUUGGACUUUUAGAAUCAAACAAUGAUGCAAACUGCUGGAAUCUGAUUUUAUUUUAGGAUCAAAGUUUUUCUAUUCGUGAAAAUCUUUCUUUGUGUGUCUUUUUUUGUGUUAAAUUAUAAAAUGAUACAUUUGUAAACUAUACUGAGGAACAUCACCAUCAGAAACAAAUUAGUGCUUGAAUGUAUGACCUCUGGCUGGAUUAUACCAUGCAGUAUUAAAGUCAUUGUAGAUAAAAGGAAACAAAAAACUGCAGAUAUUUUGAGAAUAAUUUCACAUAUUUAAAAGAAAAAAACUCAAAUUUGAAAAAGUUGAAAGUUUGCAAAAUUUUUUGGGGUUUUUAAUUUUGUUUUCAUUUGAACUGUUUAGCUGUUCCAUGGUCUUAAGAAAUGGGAUAAUUUGGUACCAGAACUUUUUACUCUGGUCCGGCGUGGUCUCAAUAACCCCGCAUACGUUUUCAUUCGAUUUUUUGUGUUCAUGGUUUCAGGAACUGAUGGUCCGAUGGAAUAAAUCCAUUCUUCUUCCCCGCCGUCUGACCGUGACAUCUGCUGUGCUCCUCCUGAGUGUCGCUCUAAUUUUUAACUUAAUUUAAGAGAAUAUUCAAAUAUUUUCAAUAUAAAUAUUAAAGUUAAAAUUUCAACUUUUUUGGUGAAAAUUUUAGUUUAUUUUAUCUACAUUAGCUGUAAUACUCCUUCGUAGAUUUUGAGCCUCAUCUAGAUGUAAAUUUGAGCAUCAUUUCAGUAUUUUUGUAUUGUGCUCCAGGGUUUUAUCAAAACAAAUAUGUUAGUGGUUGUUUGUAGUAGUUAUUGAUGUACGGUUCUGUAGAAAAAGAUACUAGAUGGUUAUUCGAUUAUGUUCUCGCUAGCUGAAAAUGGGAUUAAUGAAUGCUGCUCAAGAUAGGAGUGAAACUAAAUCUGCUGUUUCUUGAGAUGAUGUUCAUUCAACUAUACAUCACUAAAUUUAACUAGCAAGUAAAUCACCAGUAUAAACAAAUCAUUUCUAAAACUAUAUGCUGAUUCACUGAAUGCUUAGGAUACAAAGCAGGGAAAAACAAUCCAGUUUUUUAGACAGUUUUAAAAAUAUUCUCUUAAGGCAAAGUCACCAUAUUGUUUCAUUUAUAAACUGUGUAUUUAAACAAAUGACUUCAAAUUUCAUGAUAAAUUGUGCACACUACAGAAAUGUGUUUAAAAAUUAUACAAUAGUGAUGAUUCAAUUGGGUAUUUUUUUUUUUUUUUUGUAUUUGCACUUUUUUGAUACAAGAAAUAAUUGUUUACAGUUAAAUAUGGAUCAUUUUAUUAAACCUGUUAUAGUUGCUUCCUCCUUUAGUUUCAUAUACAACACCAGUCGUGAUUGUUGGCACCACUUAGUAGAGAAUUAAAAUAAUUCCCAUUUUUCUUUGGGGAAUAAAUCUGAGACACUGAUGGCAUUAAAUGAGUCAGAUGCAUGUUAUUAUUUACAAAGGAAAUGACCGCAAGAAAGUGGUUCAAGCCUAAGUGAAAGGUCAUUUUCCUGGAACAAUGUGUCGUCUUGGGUUCGCCAAGUUUCCAUAAAAAGAAAAUACUUUAAGACUUCAGUACAUAUUUUACAAGGGGUGCCAGAAAUGGUGGAGAAAGCUGUGUCAAAGUCAGCACUGUACAUUUUAGCAGCACUUAUAUUCACAAAACAAUGCAAAAUCAUUCAUAUAGUGUAUUUAAAGAUAAAAAUUUGAAGGUUUGGGAAGCAUUUUUUAAGUUUAGAUAAUUACCUCUGAUCAAAAGUAUUUGUUUCCAAAAUAUUCACUAUGGUAAAACAUAAAACAUGCUCUUGUUAUUGUAUUUAAAGUUCACAGUUGCAUGUUUUUUUUUUAUGCUUACCAGCCAAAACAGACUUAACAGACUUUUGACAGACUUAAACCCUUCGAGGCAAAAUGUGAUCAAAAACCAAGAUCUUACCCACACAGGGUCUGCAUCAGUUUUUCUAAGAGUUUAGAUGAGCAUUUCUGUUUUAUCUCCUUUCACAUGAAACUUCUUCUUGUUAUUUGUGCUACAGUAAUUUGCUUGUAUUUUUGCAAUUUUUGAAAUGUAGUUUUUGGUGUGUUUAGUUAUAGAAAGUGCUUUUAUAUUGCCAUUUUUCAAGUUUAUUUAGAGCUUUGAUUGAAUUUUUGAGCUGAUAUUUUAUUUAAUAUGCAACUUUAAUCAGAAAAAAACAUGCAGCUCUUUGAUUCUUGUGCAAAAUUGAAGGAAACACUUUUCUCUUGUGUCUUAAAUGUAAUAAUUUGCCUUUAACAGUCACAAACUGAUUACAAAAAGUAAUAUUCAUCAAAGAAUGCAUGUCAUGUUUUGUAGGAUUUUUUUUCUUGUUUUUUACAAUUUCUUCUGACCGUAAAAUAAAUUUUUGUCACA